AUGAAUAACUUCCAUCUCUCUAGCUCCACCAAACUCCUCAACCUCGCCAAACCCUCCUCGCUCAUCUACGAUCGGCAAAAGCCGUGGUGGCAACAAAUUCUUGACCCUGGAAGCGAGUUCGUCAACAAAUGGAACCACAUCUUCCUUUUCACCUGUCUCGUCGCUCUCUUCGUCGAUCCUCUCUACUUUCUCCUCCCCCAGAUCGGUCGAAACAGCCACGACCCUUGCAUGAGUAUGGACAUCCCUUUGGGCGUCACCGUGACUGCCUUGCGAUGCAUCGUUGAUUUGUUCUCCUUUUUGCACAUGGCAAUGAAGUUCCGGACCGCAUAUGUGGCUCCAAGCUCUCGGGUUUUCGGGAGGGGUGAGCUCGUGAUGGAUCACAGGAAGAUCGCAAUGCACUAUUUGAAGUCGGAUUUUGUGGUUGAUCUAGUUGCAUCACUUCCUCUCCCACAAAUUGUCAUCUGGUUUAUAAUUCCAGCCGUGCAAAGUAGUACAGCUGCUCACGCUAAGCACAGCAUUUCUCUGGCUAUUUUUGUUCAGUAUGUUCCCAGGUUUUUUGUCAUCUUUCCUUUGUACCAGCGAAUUCUUAAAACUACUGGGGUUGUGGCCAAGAGUGCAUGGGCAGGAGCCAUGUACAAUCUUAUCCUCUAUAUGCUAGCUAGUCAUGUAAGUGAACCGUCAAGUAUGUUUUUGGGGUUACUUUCUCAGUUCCUCGAUUGUGGAAAUUCAGAAAACCCUGAACGUCGAUCUUGGUUGAAAAUCUCAAAGGUGCUUACUAAUUGUGAUGCUUCAGACAAUCCCACUGGCUUUGAGUAUGGGAUGUUUGCUAAUGCCUUCACUGAUGAAGUUGCGCCAGCAAAAUUCUUUGAUAAAUAUUUCUACUGUCUUUGGUGGGGUAUGAGGAGUUUAAGUAGCUAUGGACAGGUUUUGGUGACAAGUACUUAUAUUGGAGAAACGCUGUUUAGCUGCACUAUUUGCCUCGCAGGCCUAGUUUUGUUCGCACGUCUGAUUGGCGACAUGCAGGUUUUGGUGACAAGUACUUAUAUUGGAGAAACGCUGUUUAGCUGCACUAUUUGCCUCGCAGGCCUAGUUUUGUUCGCACGUCUGAUUGGCGACAUGCAGACCUCUCUGCAAUCUACAACUGCAAGACUUGAAGAAUGGAGGGUCAAAUCAAGAGAUACAGAGGAAUGGAUGAGGCACCGUCAAUUACCUCCAGAUCUGCAGGAUCGUGUUCGUCGGUUUGUCCAAUAUAAGUGGCUAGCUACAGGAGGAGUGGAUGAAAAAGAGAUUUUACAUUCCUUACCAUUGGACAUCCGACGUCAAAUUCAACGGCAUCUUUGCUUGGCCCUUGUUCGCCGUAAGAAAAUAUUGCAACACUGGAUACCAAUAAACUCCUUGUUAUUGCUUCCUAGCAUACUGAGGUUGUUGAAAAACUCCCUUCUUGUAAAUUCGGUUUAUGGAACUGCCGAUUCUGUUUCCCAGGUUCCUUUUUUCGCAGAAAUGGAUAAUCAGCUCCUAGACGCAAUAUGUGAACGUCUUGUUUCAUCGUUGAGCACCAAAGACACGUACAUUGUUCGGGAAGGUGAUCCAGUGAAUGAAAUGCUCUUCAUUAUAAGAGGCCAACUUGAGAGCAACACAACUAAUGGUGGACGGUAUGGCUUCUUCAACACCAUUACUCUCAAACCUGGUGACUUCUGUGGUGAAGAAUUGCUUACAUGGGCAUUGAUGCCCACUUCAAACCUAAAUCGCCCAUCUUCAACACGAACAGUCAAAUCACUAACAGAAGUCGAAGCAUUUGCACUUCUGGCAGAAGACCUCAAGUUCGUUGCAAAACAGUUUAAACGUCUUCAUAGCAAAAAAUUACAGCAUGCUUUCCGAUACUAUUCACACCAAUGGAGGACAUGGGGAUCUUGCUUCAUACAAGCUGCAUGGAGACGGUAUAUGAGGAAGAAACAGGCUGGGGAGCUACUGAAACAAGAGAGCUUGUUCUAUAUGCAAUUUCCAGACCAAGAGGGCAACUAUGGUGAUGAAUUUGGAGGUGACGAUUAUACUAGUGGUGCUGACAGUUCAAUAAUGGACUCUAAUGCCCCACAUUUGGGAGCUACAAUAUUGGCUUCAAAGUUUGCUGCAAAUACUAGAAGAGGGCUUGUCCAAAAGGUCACAAGGGUUGAGCCUGCUGCUUCCAGCUUAAAGAUGCCAAAGCUACUCAAGCCGGAUGAGCCUGAUUUCUCCAAGGAAGAUAGUUAA